CUAAAAGCAGUACCUACCUUGUUAAAAGUGGCGGUACUACCUCAGGCAGGUUAUCAUUUUCGGUUUGUCGGUGAAUGAGUUACGAUCGGUUCUCUAUAUGGUACUGAGGUGCGUAGAUCUUGGAGGGUACAUUGCGUUUUUUGGAAUACUUACCUGAAACAAUAAUGGACAGCAAUAAUAAAACAAAUGGUAUAGAUAAUCCCACAUACGUACAACAACCAGAAGACCAACCGAAUGGAAAAACCGCGAAUGGUUUAGCUAAUGACAAUCAGAAAAUCGAAGACGACAAUAAUGAGGAAAAUCGCGCCCAAUGGGGCGGCAGCUUCGAAUUCCUGAUGUCGUGCAUCGCCAUGUCGGUGGGCCUGGGAAAUAUAUGGCGAUUUCCUUUCACGGCAAAGGAAAACGGCGGCGGUGCCUUCCUAAUACCCUACAUCAUCGUUUUGACUGUUAUCGGACGGCCGUUGUACUACAUGGAAAUGGCCCUCGGACAAUUUUCCAGCAAGGGAAAUGUUAAAAUGUAUGAAAAGUUAUCGCCUGUUUUGAAAGGUAUUGGCUUUGGACAAUUAAUAGGUUCGAUAUGUGUUGCCACCUACUAUUGUUGCCUAAUGGCAAUCACUUUAUUUUAUUUGAGCCACUCUUUUACCAACAACUUACCCUGGACCACUUGUCAAGAAUCUUGGGAGCCCUAUUUGAAAAACAUCAGCAGAGUUUGCGUUUCGUCUUUAGACAAAAGUGAAAACGCUACUGGAAACAACACCGUUAGUUCAUCAGAAUUAUGGUUCAGGCUUGAGGUCUUAAAACAAAUAGACGACAUUUCCGAUGGUAUUGGCACUCCCGAAUGGAGAUUGACGCUUUGCCUGUUAGCUUCCUGGAUUGUAACUUUUUUGGUAUCAGUGCGAGGUGUUAAAAGUUCUGGAAAAGCUUCGUAUUUUUUAGCUUUGUUUCCUUAUGUCAUCAUGAUAGCUCUGUUGAUUAGAGCGGCCACUUUACAGGGCGCAGGUGAUGGGAUGUUUUAUUUUAUCGAAACUGAUUGGAACAAACUCCUGGAUGCAUCGGUUUGGUAUGCUGCAGUCACUCAGUGCUUCUUUUCGCUGAACGUUGCUUUCGGAUCGAUUAUCAUGUACUCGUCUUACAAUCCUUUCAAUCAUAAUAUCAACAGAGACGCUUUGGUAGUGACCACCUUGGACACCUUCACCUCGCUUCUAUCGGGAGCCACCAUUUUCGGCAUUCUCGGUAACCUGGCAUACGAAUUAGGAGUCCACCCUUCCAAAGUCAUCUCUGGUGGUGGUACCGGACUGGCCUUCAUAUCCUAUCCCGAAGCAAUAGCCAAGUUCAACAACGUUGCAUUUUUGUUUGCUAUUUUAUUUUUCUUCAUGUUGUUCGUACUGGGAAUUGGAAGUUUGGUGGCACUACAAAGUAGCGUCAAUACAGUGAUCAAGGAUGCGUUUCCUAAUUUGAAAUCCUGGAUGAUUUCUGCUGGUACUGCCACUGUUUUGUUUUGUAUUGGUUUAAUGUAUGUCACUCCGGGUGGUCAAUACAUGCUGGAUUUGGUAGAUCAUUUCGGCGGUACUUUUAUUGUAUUCGUUUUUGCCAUUUUUGAAGUUUAUGCUGUUGUUUUUCUUUACGGUUUAGAAAACUUUUGUAUGGACGUCGAAUACAUGACGAACAAAAAAGUGGGUAUUUAUUGGAGAGUUUGCUGGGGUUUGAUUAUGCCAAUUUUACUUGUGACUAUUUUUAUUUAUUUUGUUUGCACUUUGCCAACGCUCACUUAUGGCAUCUACCGUUUGGAAUAUCCAGAAGGUCUACUAGCUUUUGGUUGGUGUAUUUUGGGAAUCUGCUUGUUACAAGCAGCUUUAUGGAUUGGAUAUUAUACAAGCUUUAAAACUGAAAUUCCAGUAUUUUCAACUGAAAACUGGGGUCCAUCUGGAGUCAAAAGAACAGACGAUUGGAAAAGGUACAAGCAAAUGGAAUUGGACAGAAGAGGUUACGACAGAGGCAAUUGGUUUGUUAGACAAGCUAGAUUUAUAUUCUUGGGACGUUGAAUUUCAAUGAAUAAACUAUAGUUAGGUACUUUUAGCUAUUGAACAAGAUUUUGAAAUUGUUUGUUAAAUAUAUAAUUUAAUUAUUUCUGUGAUAAAAAUAAGUAUUUAGUUAAGAUGUUUUAUGGAAAUUCAUCUUUUGUUUGAGUCCAGGUGAAAAAUGGGAAAUCAUCAUGACACAUUUUUCGCCUUCCUAUUAAAAUGAUUGUUUAUUAAAUAAAUUCUUAUCCAGGUAA